AUGCAUGCACGGAAAGUCACAAGUGUUUUAGUGUUCUUGGCUCUAAGUCAUCCGGCCAUAGCCAAAUCCAAGGACACGAAACGUCCCGGCAUCUGCGAAGAAACAGAGGACUGCACGGCAGACGGUUACCAGUGUGUGGCGCUUCAGACGACACGUUCCGGCACUGAUACGGUCAAACAGUGCCUUCCCAAGGUUCAGGACACGGACGUGUGCUCUGGACAAUUUCCGGGUCUAUGCCCGACCUUCUCGUCUUGGGCGAGUCCGUACAACCAGAUCAGUAGUGUUUGCACGUACAAGCCAGCGGAGAAAUGCGUGUCUGGUAGCGAGUCGUCAGAGGGUGAAGGUGUUAUCUGUGUGACUGGGGCUAAAGAUUCGAGCGGCAAGGCCAUCGACGCAAUCUAUGGCUGUGUCGACUUUGACACGAGCACUCUCGAAGUGCUUUUUGGUGAGGAUGACGCCACGGAAUUCUCCGACAACCUGGGCACGGCUUCAGCGCUUGUUAAAAGCUGUUUGAGUACGAACUCUACCAGCAACUCGACGCUAUUGUGUGCCGGUCAGGGCACAUGCAUCCCGGACUCAAUUGGCUCGCUUACCUACAUGUGCCGUUGCAACGUCGGUUACAGCGGCGACUUCUGCGACGCAAUCGAUUCCAACAAGUGCCAGCUUCCGGGUCAGUGCGCCACAGGUGUGUGCAAUCUUGACAAGCAAGAGUGUGAGUGCGCAGCUGGCACUACGGGCGACCAGUGCUCGCAGUGUGACUCCAAGUCAAAGGAAGCUUGCAACGGCAAGGGAAAAUGCUCGAGCUUGGUAUGCGUGUGUGAGGAAGGCUGGGAGGGUCUACAAUGCACCAAGGAAAGUGCCGUCAAGAAGUCGUCUAAAUCGACGCCCAGCAAGUCAUCGGGCAGCACGACCGCUACCUCAAGUGGACUUCCAUCAUCUCGUCCUCUCAAUUAUAUUGCUAUAGGCGUUGCCAGCAUUGUCGCCGCUGUGCUCUUGCACUAG